CAGUUACUGUGGCGUUUGACAAGUUCCUCCUCGACUACAGUAUGCUUCAGGCACCAUUGUUUUCGGCGGCAUAAAUGGAAACAUUCCAUAAGGGUGAGAUCUAUUGGAUGACCACGCCCACUGAGGCCCCUUUUCCCGCCCCUCCCAUGCCCGAGACAGGAGCAACUGACCGGAUGGUGUACCUGUGGGUCUCGGACUUUAUGUUUAACACGUUGGCAUAUGCGGCCCAGACCAACAUAUACCUGCAGUACAACAUCACAGCGGCUGAUCUGCCGGCUAGUGCCCGGGGUGUCCUUAAUACGACUUGUACAGGCGUCAUCCCACAAUGCAUCGGUGGUCCCAUCCCUGCGCGGCCAUAUCAUUCACAUAAAUUAAAAAUAAAAGGGGACCUAAAAUGGAGCCCUGAGGAACACCACAUGAGACGGAGGCCUCGGAGGACAUAGUACCCGAUACGUCAACAACCUGAUGGCGAUCGGAGAGAUAGGAGGUGAACCACCUGACUGCGUCACUAUGGAGACCAAUAGCCUCAGAUACACAACAUGGCGGCAGAAGCGCGAUAUAUAUGUGCUAUAUGCGCCAGAGGAUAUAAGCACAGACGCAAUUUGGUAUAUCAUGAAGAUCACACGUUGGGAUGUUACCCUUUAACUGUCGCGGGGCUGCAUUUCCAUCUAGACGACGAUAACAGAGACACAGGUCUUUGUCAUAUAGCGCUCUCGAGCGAUAGUGUGUGAGAUAUGUGAGCACAAGACAAGAACUCGGGCGCAUAUGCGAGAACAUCUGAAAACACAUAGUGAAGACAUAACACAUGUCUGCAGAGUGUGCAAAGCCCCCUACAAAAAUAUCAGCUCACUUUGUAGGUACUACGGGCAUAAACACAAAUGACUUGUAUAGCGUGGUUUUACCUGUCUGUGAUUCAUUUGUGAUUUACCCGUGAUUUAAACGUUGUGAUAAUAGCUUAAUCAUCAAAUCUCAGUCAUAGUUAACAUUUGAAUCUUAUCUGUUUAUACCAUGAUGUUUACUUGUUGCGUUUCUUUAUUUUUAUUGCAUUUUAUUUU